AUGGAACCCGGCGGCUUCGCAAUGGGACGAGUGCACGCGCACCUACGGGAGCUCGGGCAAAGAGGUGAGGCCGAGUGGGCAGUGCUGAGGCCGACUUGGUGCCAGCAGGAUUUUGAGCAGCCGUGCCAUGUCAAAAGCAUCAAGGACGAGAAUAAACUGUACUCGGCGACCGAUAGGGGGAAGAUCCCGUGGGUGUCGGCUGAUGAUAUUGCUGGUGUGGCGGUGCAGGCUUUGACGAGAGAGGAUGCGCCGAAUACGGAGUAUUUGGUUCUGGGGCCGGAGUUGUUGGGGUAUGAUGAUAUCGCAAACACACUUUCCUCCGUCCUCGGCCGCAAGAUUGUCCAUGUCGACCUGAGCAAUCCAGCCCUUGAGCGUCGCCAUCAGUCGUUUGGAUGUUCAGAAGAGCAUUCGCGCCUAAUGAGCUCAUUAGACACAGCUAUCAAGUACGGGAUGGAAAACAGGACGAAUGAUGUAGUUCUCAGUAUGACUGGGAACAAGCCGAAGAGUUUCCGAGAGUAUGCUGAGAGUGCCAAGGAGAUUUGGGUUUAG